CUUCCACCUUAUCCUCACCGAGCAGCUGCUGCAGCACUGCUGGCCCGCACUGGCGGCGCAGCAGCAGGUGCCGCUGUCGUACUGCCCGCCGCCGUACACUGUUGGGGGUGGAGGUGGAGGUGGUGGAGGAGGUUAUCCCGGCACCACUAAUGCCAACUCUGCGCCUUCAUCAGCAACCCCCGCUACUGCUGCUGCUGGGGCCCCUGUGGGUGAUGCAGCUGCUGCCGAUGCGACAUCAUUCGCUGCUGCCGCCUCUGCUGCUGUUGAUGACGGUGAUGAUGCACCCGCUGCACUUGCUCCGCCCGCUCCUCCUGCAAAGUGUUCUGCCCCAGCUGCUGCUGCUGCUGCUGCUGCUGCCCCCACCAAACGCCGCCUGCCGCCCAGCCCCUAUGAGGCGGAGCGCAGCGGGCAGCUGUGGACGCUGCCGCCCCGGAAGGGGGAAGCAGGCGACACGGACCUCAUUCGGCAGAUGGUGCACUUCUUCAUUCAUGCUCA